AUGGUUCCCUCUAAUCCUGAGGAAUCUUCUACAAGCCAUAAAGGAGAUCACACAGGAGAGAGUCCAGUGUCACGUUCAGCGUGUGGGAAAAGUUUCACUGAAAACAAAGACCUUCUUACGCACCAGAAAAGUCGCAAGGGUGAGCGUCCUUAUUCAUGUUCAGAGUGCAGAAAAAGUUUCACUUUGAGGGGAAACCUUUUAAUACACGAGAGGAUUCACACGGGGGAGCGCCCUUUCUCAUGUUCAGAGUGCGGAAAACGUUUUAGUCAAAAAGGAAACCUUGUUAAACACCAGAAAAUUCACACGGGCGUGCGCCCUUUUUCAUGCUCAGAGUGCGGUCAUUCUUUCACUGCGAAAGGAGACCUCCUGAAUCACCAGAAGAGUCACACGGGGGAGCGUCCAUUCUCAUGUUCAGUGUGUGGGAAACGUUUCGCUGAUAAAGAAAAACUUCUGUUGCACCAGAGAAGUCACACGGGCGAGCGUCCUUAUUCAUGUUCAGAGUGCGGGAAGCGCUUCAGUCAAAAAGGAAACCUUAUUAAACACCAGAGAAUCCACACGGGGGUGCGUCCUUUUUCAUGUUUAGAGUGUGGGCAUUCUUUUACUUUGAAAGGAGACCUUUUAAAUCACCAGAGAAGUCACACGGGUGAGCGUCCGUUUUCAUGCUCCGUGUGCGGGAAAAGUUUCAUUCUAAAAAAGACGCUUCUCACACAUCAGAGAAGUCACUCUGGCGAGCGUCCUUACUCAUGUUCAGAGUGUGGGAAACGUUUUGUUCACAAAGGAGGCCUUGUUCAGCACCAAAAAGGACACAUCGGUGAGCGUCCCUAUUCUUGUUCAGAGUGUGGGAAACGUUUCAUUCACAAGGGAGGCCUUGUCAAACACCAGAAAAUUCAUACUGGUGACCGCCCUUUCUCAUGUUCAGUGUGUGGAAAAUGUUUUACUGAGAAAGGAAAACUUCUAUUACACCACAGAAGUCACACGGGUUAGUG